UGCUCUCGAUCACAGUAGAAGUACUAGUGACCGAACCUGGCUGCUGUAGUCGUAAUGUUCUCGUACCGUACGUAUGGUACAAAAUACAGUUGCUUACUGCUCCUCCGUACUCGUAGUCAUCGUUGACGUCCAAUACAAUACAGUACUGCAAAAGAACACCGCCCGACACGAAACAAAACGAGACGACACGACACGGCACGCCAAGACUCUUCUUUUUGUGUGUUUGUGCAUCCGACCCUGGGGAAAACCCAACGGAAAUGGUGGUCUCCAUCAAGAGGCAUCCCCCAUCCUCUCAAAGUGGCUCCGGACUGCCCGUGAUUCGUUUUCGGAUCGACCAGCCCGCACCGGCAACCACAUCGACAUCGGCAUCGGCAUCGGCAUCGACGACACCAGCAAAUCAUUGUGCGAGCAGUGACAAAAACAACAGCAACAUCAUCAACAACAACAACAACAACAACAACAACAACAACAACAACAACAAUUACAACAACAACAGCUAUUGCCUGGAACCAACGCAAGACAAGCCGACAGCCACCGAGACAACGAAUCGCAUCGACCAACAACCGCGUCAAAAGCAGCGAAAGGAUCCAGACAUGACCGCGAACGAACGACGACGGGCCAGCGGCAGCAGCAGCAGCAACAACAACAGCAACCACUGUAGGGGCGGUGACCCCGCUCCACCGCCACACGGAAACGCCCUCCAGCGGCUCGAAGACCACUGCCCGGGAUCGACGGCCGCCGAGCGGAAACGCUUCCUGGCCGCCAGGGGCGGGGACUACCCAGAGGCCCUGGAGCAGCUGAGGGGCUACCUGGAAUGGAGGCGGGAGCACGGGCUGGACGGGAGCGACCACUGCCCGCAAGACGACGACGACGAGGACGACGAGUCGUCUUUGGUCUGGCACGCCUGUGUCCAGGACGACCAGGCCCUCGACGAGCUCGACUGGGAAUACGCCUCGCAAAGGGCCCUCGCCCACGAGGCCCGGAAGAAGGGGUCUCUUGCGGGUGGUGCUUGCGACCCGGUCCUGCCACAGCUGGCGAGGAUCGUCGUGGUGCAGGGUUGGGAAAAGAAGGAGGCCCCAAACAAGGCAACCCAGCGCCCCCCCCACGGCCGCGAGACCCACGCCCGCGACGAAAAGGGCCGCCGGAUCCUCCAGCUCCUCCCCGCCCGGAUGGACCUGGCGAUGGCCCCCGAGUCGGCCUUUGCCCUCUGCAUCGCCCUCUACCUGGAGCGCAAGCUCGGCCGGGACUCGGACGAGAAAAUGACCGUCCUCCUGGACGUCCGGGGGGGGGAGGGAUGGGCCAACCCCUCCCCGAAGAACCUGGUGCCCUUUGUGAGGGAGGUCUCGGCCCUCCUCGAGCGGAACUUUCCCGAGCGGCUGGGGGGCUGCCUCCUCUUUCCGGUGCCGGGGGCGGCGAUGCUCCUGUGGAGGAUCGUCCGGGCCUUCCUGGACCCGGACACGGCGUCCAAGAUCGCCGUGGUCAGGGGGGACGCCCGGACGGGGGCGGCCCCGCCCUACGCGGCGCUGGAGGAGCACGUGGCCAAGAGCGUCCUCGAGCGGACCGAGGAGCUCCGGUGCGCGAGCUUCUCGGGGGGGGGGGGGUGUGAGGAUCGGUGCCUCCUCCCCUCUUCUCGACCGUAAUUAUGCGGUUUGAAAAACCGUGUAUUUGGUGAGCAAAGCAAUUGUCUGCUUAUUCGUAGGAAAUCAGGUGUAUGGAACGACGCUGCGGAACGGAAAAAGAAUCCGUUGGAGUUGGAGCCACGAAACAUUCUUCUAUGCCGCGGCUUGCCCCGCCCUUUGCAAGGCCUUGCUUCCGUAACACAACGCCAACGGCGGAAUUGAGACCGAGAAGCGGGCAGCGGCUUGCGCUUGCGCUUGCCCGGAUCGACACCAAUCGCCGUCACUGUUGCCUUUGCUUGGUUGAUCCUUGGAGACGCUUAGUUAGAUCUGUGCCCAUAGCAACGAUAAUCGACUGCGAUCUAACUAAGCGUCUCCAAGGAUCCACCAAGCAAAGGCAUCAGAGACGUCGAUUCCCCUGUAUUCUUUCUUCCACCAAUAGCUUCCACAGGGGCCCAUAGCAACGACAAUCCUGCCUCCGGGCCGUAGCGUACCGCACUAUUGCAUAUUGGGGCACUACCUGCACAGCUCCAAACGAACAGCAGACCCGGAACCAUCCUCCACGCUAUUCAUCCAUCCACCUGCGAAACGCACCCGAAUUUCUUGGCCGCUGCUACGAGAUCGUCCUCGUGAUUAGGACAGCAGAGACUUAACAUAUCGAAUCAAAAAAACAUAAAAUCAAUCUAAUAUUUAAACUCGUGAAACUAGAAGAGGCGCUCGGAAUGCCAGAACCAUGGCUCGGGGAGGAACCAUGCUCCUAGCCAUUCCUCCCAAGGCGCGAGAUGGAACACACACGAAUGUACUAUAUUAUCUAAUGGUGAUGCAGCGUUGCCACGGUUCCCAAGGCCGGUCUUUGCUCGUCUCCCCACCGGCAAAAGCCUUUGUUCUCGUUGCCGCGGCACCGGAGGGACCCCGGCGGUCUUACUGCGAGGAGGCGACGCCGCCGGUGCUUCCGCUCGCACCGCUUCCGUGGUAGCUGUUGGCAAAGGAGGAGUACUUCAUGCUGCUGCUGCUGUCAGUAAUGCCGCUGCCGCUGCUGCUCGUCGGGGGUUCGUCCCGGCUCCCCUGGGUGCGGAAGCUUGGGCUUGUGCUUGGAAGAAAGAGGUCCCCCUUGAUGCAGUCGUAGGUCCGGUCCUCGCACCAGCGGUGGAGGCGGCCGGGUUCGCAGGGAGACAAGGGGUGUUUUUUCUUGUGCCAGAGGUACCCGCCGAUCGCCAGAAAGAACCACGGGAAGAACCAGCCCCCGUGUUUUCGCUCGUGGUCCUUCUGGUCGAUGAUUGCAUCCCCAUCGGCGGUGGCCAAAGGGGGCUCGGUGCCGGAAUCGGGUUCGCCGGGAGCGCCUCCCGCAUCUUCGUUCGCAUUGUCGGUCGCGUUCGCCGCCUCUUUGCCCCUCCGGUAGGCGGCGCAGGCCUCCGCCGCUGCGCCGCUUGUGCUUGCGCUCCCGCACAGGGCGAGCUCCACCACGUCCGGCCCCCCACAGGAACAGGGCAGGCCCACGGUCUCGGCCACAAAGGACGAGACCUUCCGGGCCAGGGGGGACGCACAGUCGACCCCCCAGAUCCCCACGGCCUCGACCCCCGAGGCCCCUAGGUGGGAGAGGAACGCCCGCUCCAGAAAGGCCCCGUCGACCCUCUCGUCCUCCAGGAGGAUGGAGAGGUGGCCCUCUGCGGACCGGGCAAAGGACGCGUACGCCGAGGCCCAGAACUUCCAGUAGGCUCCCGAGGAUUCCCUCGUGCAGUUUUCCUGGUUCCCGUUGGCGCAAAAGACCAGGCCGUCCAGGAGGCUCCCCCCGGGGGUCGUUUCCGGGGUCACCCAGGGCCCGCCCUCGAGGAGGCCAAACGGGCUGGUGGUUCUUUCUUCGGUUUCGUCUUCGGUUCCGUCUUGGCUGCCCCCGCCGAGGGCCACCCGGACCAGGCCGGCGUCCCUCGGGGACGAAAAGUCCGCCUUGCUCGUGUAGGCUUCGGCAAAGGCCCGCUCGGUCAGGCCGGAUUCGGUCCGGGACUCGAGGAGGUUCAGGAAGGACCCGACGAGCUCGCCGCAGGUCGUGGGGGGGGGGACCACCGGGGAGGGCCCGGACCAGCGCUCGUAGCACCGGCCCAUCAGGAUCUCCUUCAGAAAGGGAUCGUUGGCGAAGGUUUCCGAAACCAGGGAGGCGGCGGCGAGGAGGAGGAGGGAGCGGGGGAGGCCCAUCGUCGUGGUGGUAGUGGUGGUAGUAGUGGUGGUGGUAGGUAUGGCUUGCUUUGGCUUUCUUGGGCUUGCUUGGGCUUGGGAAGGUGCGAGAGGAAUCGAAACUGCCGCUGCGCUAAUGGUGGAGACCAGGUGCACCGAAACGUCGAUCUGCGUUGUGAGACUAAGGCGUGCGCAACCCGGGAAGGGAAGAACCCACCCCUCGGGCAUCGCAAGGUCCGAUGCGGUAGGUAGGUACACGAGAAAACCAGGAAUUCCUAUCCUCUAUCUCGCCAACUACUAGCUGGUAGAUCAGGACUCGUACUACAAGGCACGCAGCGUGGACAAUCCCAGGACAUCGCACGAUACGAGUACGUAGUACUGGUGGGGUUCGGCAGGAAGUUUCGAAAAAGAUCUUCCGCUUCGAACCCACCCGCGAGUAGGUACUUGUACAUAAGACAAGCAGGUGCGAACGGGAUUCGAUCGAGGGAGAAGAAGAAGAACGACGAACGACGACGCAUUCCUUUUGCGUUCCAGCGACCCAAUCGAAAGAGGGAAGGAAUCCCUGCUUCCGAAUCGAUCGAUCGAACGAAAAUCCAUCCAUCCAUCGAUUCCGAAGCGUGCACUAGGUACGGGUACCUACCGUACCGUACCGUAAAGGCGGGAGACGAGAACCUCCCGCCGGAACGGGAUCUUUGAUGGGGGUUGCGUUGCGAUCCUUUCGAACCCGUGUGUGCGGUGGGGAUGCAUCCGGUUGAGUCGUGUUUUGCACCGAUGCAAAGUAUCGUAGUGUAGUACUGUAAGUGGUACGAGAACCGUACUAACAACAUGUUUUUUAAUUUGUUGUACACCUGAAAAUACCCUUUACUUGUAAUAACACGGGGAACAAAAGUUUCUUGUAUUGACUAUGGUACCAAUGGGCAAUGCACCUCUUUUGAAUAAGAAACACAAUACAAGAGU